AUGUCAUCAUCCCCACCAUCAGCAACCGCCGCAAGUAAUUCGAAUGAUGUAUCACCACAGCAAUUAGGUAAAGCCUUUGUUGUUCAAUAUUAUCGUCUCCUGCAUGAACAUCCUGAAUCGUUACACCGUUUCUAUUCAUCAUCAUCAACAUUUAUGCAUGAUGAUCCGAAUACAACUGUAACUGGAUUAGAAAAUAUAGCUAAGCGUAUUGAAGAAUUAUCAUUGAAACAACGUCAUGUUAAAAUACGUCAAGUUGAUUGUCAUUCAACUGUUGGUGCAUCAGUUGUUGUACAAGUUUGUGGAGAAAUAUCUUCAACAUCAAUAAUUGAUAAUCAAACACCAAUUAUGAAACGUUUUGUUCAAACAUUUGUUUUGGCACCAGCAGUCGAUGCUAAACAAAAAUACUAUGUACACAACGAUAUUUUUAGAUAUCAAGAUGAUACAGUAUGGAUUCCGACAAUAGAUAAUACGAGCACGAAGAUAUCUUCGCCAACAACAGCAUAUGCUAAUGAAGAAACAUCGUUCGGCGCUGUUUCAACAAAGUCAACAUCAAAAAGUUCAUCAGCAGCAGCAGCACACAUUCAGUUUUCAGAUAAUAUCACAAAUAAAAAGAAAGAAGAUAAAUCCGGAACAAAUACAGAUAGAAACGCUAAUGUCAGAAUUUCAGCUACACCUGUUGAUAAAAAAGAGAAAAAUCAAGAAACUGAGCAAUUAUCAAAGCCAAAAUCUUAUCGGGAUGCCAUUGGGAAAAACGAAAAAGUAGACACAACUCUAACAACAAAUGAAAAUCAACCGAAACCUGUCACAGAUGGAACAAAAGCUGCUAAAGCUAGUAAACAAAAAGCAUCAAAGUCGGGCAAUCGAAGUGCAAGAGCACCUCGUGGUCAUCCUCAAGACGUUAACGAUUAUUAUGAUGAUUCGUGGUAUUAUAGAACUGGAGAAGAAGCUUAUUUACAUACUGGCUAUACGGAUGAUCAAGAAAUAUUCAUUGGAAAUCUUUCAGCUCAAGUUACGGAAGCAGAAAUUCAUGAAUUAUUUCGACCGUAUGGCCGCCUCCUUCUUGUUCGCAUUGGCAAUACAGGAUCUCAAGUCGGUGCAGCAAAUUUUGCAUUUGUUGUUUGUCAAUCAAUUGAAAUGGCUAAAGCAAUCGUAUCUGAUCGUGAAAGUCUGCUGAAAAGUCAACGAAUUAAUGUAGAAGCCAAAAAACGUCGUCCAUUUUCACAUACAUUUCGUCCGACAUAUCCAACAGCUGCAUCUCCGACAAAUUAUCAAUCAACUGGUUAUCCAGCAUCAUAUUAUGAACAUACGACAUCAAUACCAUUUCAUGAUGGAGGAGCUGCUGGACGAGGCACACGACGAGGUGGAAAGACAGGAUUAAAUUAA